AUGGUUGUUCGUGAUCUUCAAGUACCUGGACGAGUUGAGGAAAACAUUUGCAAGUUUGCAAAGAAGGGUCUUACUCCAUCUCAGAUCAGUGUGAUUCUUUGUGACUCUCACGGUAUUGCUCAGGUUAAGAGUGUUACUAGAAGCAAGAUCUUGCGUGUUCUCAAGGCCCACGGUCUUGCCCCUGAAAUUCAUGAGGAUCUGUAUCAUCUUAUUAAGAAGGCAGUCUCUAUUAGGAAGCAUCUCGAGAGGAACAGGAAGGACAAGGAUUCCAAGUUUCGAUUGAUUUUGGUUGAGAGAAGGAUUCACAGACUUGCACGUUACUACAAGAAGACCAAGAAGCUUCCCCUCGUUUGGAAGUAG